CUGCACCUGCACAAGCACACGACCACGCACCCACACCUUCAAACCCCGCGGAGCAACAGCCACGCAUCGUGUGCGCUGCAACGGGGCAGACGCAACAGCCAACACCACCACAGCUGCCGCCGCCUUCCCCGGUGCCUGCCGCACGGGUGGCUGCGUAAUGCAAGGCGGUGCAGCCGCCGCCUUACGGGUCAGGGCGCAGGCGGCGGUGAUGGGCCGGCCGCGAUCCCUCGCCGCCGCCAAGGCCUGCAGCUGGGUGGCGGAGCGUCGGCGGUUGGAGGCUGCCAAACCGCUUGACGUGGCAGAGGUUCUCCUGUCGGACAGCGGGGGCGGCAUCUUGGAGGGCCUCGUCACCAACUUCCACGUGGUGGUGGCGGCGGCGGCAGGGGCAGGCACACCAGCCGCCUCAGCCGCCUCAGCCGCCUCAGAGAGUGCCGAAUGCAAGCGAGUGUGUGUGGCUGAACGCAGCUUGUGUGCGUGUAACACGAUGCUGGCACUACAUACGGGGCGCCGCCAGCCAGCCCAGGGAGAAGCGCGUGUGCCAUUUCACCAAGCCUGAGGGCACCCAGUCUAAGAACAGCCGCCGCAGCGUGGGCGCGGGGCAGUGCAGAGCUGCCAGCUCCAGCACACGCGUGGGGUUGUACCCACCGCCGCUGCGGCGCCCUCUGCCGCCGCCGCCGCCCCACCACCGUCGCCCUAGCAGCCAGCCGCGUGCCGCCCUCGCGAAGCGGCGGCCGCAGCUCGGCCGCCGCCACUGACUCAGCAGCAUCUGCUCCAGCAGCUCCCCGUGUCCGUGGUGGGCCGCCCACAUGACGCAGGCGUCCAAGCACCGCCAAGUCAGGACGGCGGAGGGCCGGCGCGCCUCGCGGUCACUCGGCCACUCAAGGUCGGCCAGGUAGCCUUUCGCUGCGUAGUAUGCAAUCUGUAAAGCUAAACGUUC